AUGCUGUCGCUCCCUCUAAUUGUCCCGCACGACGACCACUCGAUAUGGCACUACGCAUCGCCUCAUCUGCGACCUAAUCCCCCCUCGCCGACCAAUGCCUCGACUCCGAACCAGCCGCCUGAUGGCCUCAACGGCGCCGCGCAACACCAACUGCAUCGUCGAAACAACCAGGGCCCGCGCUCCUCUGCGCUGGCCGCCCUGCUGCACGAUGAGAACAUCAUCGAGCAGCGCAAGCUGAACGUGCGCCGCUUCGGUGCCGGCUGGAUCCGCCCGCCGGGCAUCGCCAAAACAUACCAGGCUGCCAUGGACGAGGCGGCCGAACGCGAGGAGCAGGAAAUGCUGGCGAGGCGAGAGGCCGCCAUGAUGGAGCUGGCCAACGCGCAGGAGCAGGAAGAGGAGGAAGCAAGGCGGAGGGAAAUGAUCGAAAGGGGGUUGGCUGACGAGAGAGGAGAAGGCGGCGAAGGCGGCGACGACGAGGGCGACGCCGAUCUGGAUGCUGACGUGCCAGACUUGGACGCCGACAUUCCGGAGGGCAGUCUGGGUAGCGAGGAAGAGGAUGACGAAGAUGACGAUGACGACGAAGAGGAUGAUGACGAUGAGAACAUCGAAGACGAAGACGAUGAAGAGGAGGCAGUGACUGAAGAAGAAGUGACCGGUGAUGUGACGCAAGAUGUUACCUUCAACGAGGAAAGCAUGUAUGGAGACGCCAGCCUACUCGGAGAGGAGCACAACGAGGACGUGGAAAACGCGCAGCGAUGGGUUGCACGGGAAGAGGCAGAAAUGGCCGGAGACCUUCAGGACGAACGUGACCUGGACGACGAUGUUCCGGAAGCUGGCGAAUAUGAGCAUACGGAUACGGAGAUCGAAGACAUAACUGAGGAGGACUUGCACAACAGCAGCUUCAACGCAAGCACUCGUAGCACUCGUAGCACUCGAUUAAGAUCGAGCAGACGGGGGGUUGGUGUGCCGGCCGGCUUCGAGAAUGCUGGUUUAAUCCGCAGUGGUGCGGGAGGAGCGCGCCAGGCCACGGGUGUGCCCGCCUUCAAUAUAAACCGCCGAGCACUGCGGGCUAGCUUCCACAGCGAUGGUCCGAGCUCUCUAUUGGGAGACGAGUCAUCGUUCCUCGAAAGCAGUCCGAACGCGGGCCGUGGGCUUGGACGGGGCUCACCCUCCUGGAUGCAGCCUCCGCCGCGGCCGAAUUGGCGGAGGGGCCCUCGGUAG